AUGGGCGCAGAGGGGGAGUCUGCAGACGGCUCCACCGGUCAAAGCCAAGCCAGUGAGGCGGAGCCGGACAUGGCAGCUGGUUCCGCCGCAGCGGCGCCGGCAGUUCCUCGGCCGAGCCUGUCGCAAGCCUCCCAAGAGCAGCCAGAAGCCGCCGAAGAAGAGGUGCCCCGGAACCCAAACGGAGACCCUCUGAUGUAUGCAGCUGCCAGCUCGACCCCGGUACUACGAGACUGCAACUUCGGCGGCCUGAUCUGUGAGCUGCUCGUGGUGGAAGCCAUCCGGGAGUACUUGCAGUUCCAUGGCCUCCAGGACACGCUGGAUGCCAUGGACCGCUGUCUGGGCAAAGCCAGGCUCCCUGGGAUGGUACAGGCUCCGACUGGACCACCAGAGGCCCAGGAGGGCGACGCAGCUGGCGCAGGGGCGGAUGCCGCGUCUGAGGCUUUGCUGGAUGGGCACACCGAGCUGGCUGUCGUCAAGGCCCUCCGGGAGUUUGAUGAUGGGCACAAGGAUGCUUUCUUUGAUCUCUGGAAGCACCUGGUUCCCCCUGACUCCGCGAGCGGCUCCUUGGGGUGUUCCUUGGAACUUCGGCUGCACGUCUAUUUUGGCACCUAUCCGACCAGGAAGGCGCUCGAAGAUGCCGUGGGGAAGGAGCAGCCGGAUGGGUCUCCCACUCCGUCUGAUCCUGACUUCACCGAUCUGAAGGCAUUUCUGGCCACCAGGCCUUCGGCAGGCGCUGAUGCGACGCAGCAGAGCCUCUCUCCUCUGUAUGCACUUCCCUUCGUCCCGCGGCCUCAGCAAAAUGCGGCGCUGCGAUUUAUUUUCGAGGAGCCAUGGUCGCAAAAACUGCGAACAGACCUCCAGGCCUUUUUAAUGGCGCAUGCCAGCACGCGGCAUGCGCCUUUCUUGAGACACUUGGCUGGUGCACUCAUCACCACAUCCUGUCCAGCCGCGUCGCCACCACAUGCCAGUUGGCACGAGAUGCUCAGAAUCGCAGACAUGGGCUUGACAGCUGCCAGCCAAGCUAUGGCACGGAAUCAGAUGUUCGGAAAGCCAGGGUCGCAACAAGGCCAGCAGCAGUCUUUGCUGCAGUCGGUCGGGAGUUCCGAGCCGCAAGAUCCGGCAAAGCUCGUUUCCUGGCUCAGUGUCGCGGGCAGGCUCCAGCCCGAGCUGCUGAAGCAGGCGCUUGAUGCUCGACGGAGACUGGGCAAGGUGGCCUGCCAGCCUGAAGAGGCUCCGGCGCCCACGCCGCAGGACAUCCCUGGGUCUAUGCGCCCUUCCAUCCAGAGCCUCCUGCGGGCGCAGAGCUGCGACCUCGAUGGCCCACAGGGUGGCUCCAGCCCGAGCCAGGGAGUUCCCGUCUACCAGGAUCGCCUGUGGCCGAUGUCACGCGAAGCCCUCCGGGCAACCUCUGCUUCAAGCCUCAAUGCUUCGCAAUCCAACAACGUCAAGAGGCUCCACUCAGCGAGGAGUAUCGAGUCGCGGGCUCGUACAGCCACGGCGCUGCUUCCGGUGCCUCCGGCACUUGACUUUGGGCGAAUAUCUUUGCUCAUCGACGAAAAGGAGCAGGGCGAGACACCCCCACUGCUGGCUGUGCUGCGGGCAGUGUUGAGGCGACUGGCGCUUCCCGACGAGCCCAUCCGUCCCCGCCGAGCCUUCCUCGCAGCCUUUGCGUGUUUUGGUGCCCUCCGGGCGCUUGCGGUGCGGUUGCGAGAGAUGGUGCAAUCCGGAGAUGCUCAGCUGCUGGAAAUGUCCCUGGCCGUCAUGGGCGUUUGUACCUGUGAGGUGGUGGGCCGUCGAGAGAUCGAAGCAGCAGAGGCCCAGGGCAGCGGAUGCAUCGCGACGCUGAUCUCUGUGGUCAGCUCGCCAGAUCGAAGCUUGGCGCAUAUGCACUGCCUCGCAGUUUUGCAGCGGCUCUCGCUGAGAGGACACCUGCAGUCCAAGAUGAUCCAACUCGGUGCUCUGGAUGUCGUCCUCAAGCUGAUUCAGUCUGUGCGAAAGGUGGAAGGCGAUGCAGAAAGCAGCGGCAGCGGCCAUGGAUGGUGCCGGCUGGGCCCCGGCGAGGGGCCGGAGACACCGGACUUUUCUAUCGAGUUCACUUCGGCUCUCCUCAUGAACCUCACGCUCCGGUCUGCCGGAAGACGCCGGUGUGCCGAUCUCGGGGCGUACGGCAUCCUGGUGACCUUGAUUGAGCAUCCGAACCCUCAGGUCCGGACGCACGUCAACGGGACGCUCUACACCCUGCUUGGGGUCGGUGCCAUUCGCGCAGAGGCGCAGCAGAAGGGAGCCGAGGCAAUCUUUCGAUCCGCGCUCAAGCGUGUUGGACCGGACAACGACCUCCUCCAGAGGCAGUUGGAGUUCUUGUUGCACCAACUGAGCCGAACCGCCAGCGAGAGCGAAAGCGAUGGCGAGGACUCGGAAGAAGAAGCGGCAACGGCAGAUCCGAAGCUCGAGGGCGACGCCGACGAUGGCGACAAUUUCUUGGAUGAGGAGGAGCUUGCCGCACACUUCCACCUCACCUACACGAGUGUUGCACAAGGUGAUGGCAUCCCGCAGUCAGAGAUAGACGCCAACGCCGAGAUUGCCUCUGCUGAGGCUGCAGCAGCGGAAGAGGCCCUUCGUUGCUUCCGGGCCAGCGCCGCUGUGGCUGAUGCGCAGCAACGACAGUUCCAUGCCUUCAUUGCCCGAAGCUAUCGGAACUUGAUGUCGCCGAAGAGGCGUGGGCACUCCUCUGACCGUCUGAUGUCACCCUUGUCUCCGCCGAUGUUAUCGCCGACCCCUUCGCCGGAGCCAGGAUCGCCGUUCCUCCACGAGCCGCCUGCGAAGCUGCCGGUGAAGGCAUCUGCAGAGGCGAGCGGACAGCUCCCGGAUGCAUCACCCGGCGAGAAGUCGCCUGAUGCGUUGGGAUCACUCUCCCCGAGCACUGGCGAUGAAAAGCCACAGUCGGCCUCACCUGCACCGGCUGCUGCAGACGUGCAGGCGGCCAGCGGCCUUGGCGAGGCCCCGGCCAGACGUGCAGAAGGAGCUCUCAUGAAAGCCGCGGAGCAGGCGAAGGGCCCAAGACGGCCGCGCGGAGGUGAGACUGCUGCGAGCCAAGAGCGGCCGACCUCCAGGUCGGAAGCUCAAGGGCCCGGCAGCCUUCCUCAAGGCGGCCGUGGCGGACGAACUGGUGCUUCUCAAGGACGUGGACGUGGCAGAGGACGCCAGGGUGCGCCUGGUUCCGUUGCAAAGUCGGCAUCGUUGCCUCCUGUGCCUGAGAGCAAGGCCAGUCCUGGAGGGCGAGUCACGGCGCCUUCGAACCAGCCCAGUGCUGUGAGGUCGCGCUCCGAGGCUCCGCGUCGAACUGCGCAGGCUCAAGCAGCGGCCGCUGUCGAAGCAGCCACGGCGGUUGGCGAGGACCGCGGUUUCCGCAGGCCGAGAAACGGGCAAAGCUCCGAAAGGCAAGCAAGCAAUGCAAAGGAGUCCGGCAGUCCCCAGCUGCCGCGGCUGCCGACGAAACGACGCUGA